AUGACCGGGUGUAGUGACAAAGAAAAUGACGAGCAGCAUGAUGAAGAUACAGAAAAGCCAAACAAGAACCAAAGGAAAAGUAAAAGUGAAAAACACGUGUCUUUUCCCCCCGAUGAGCAGAUAGUGUCGGGCUUCGCUGAGCACAAGAAAACUGACAGAAAUGUUGACAGCUGCCUCACCUUGACAGAGGUAAUGAUGGCUUACCAGCAGAGCUGCAACAAACACCAGGUCCAGCCCAACACACACAUCCUGGAACAGCUCCAGCAGGGUAUCUGUGUAGGUGGCAGUGUGAAAUGUCUGGAUCUCAAAGGUGAGCGAUUAGACCACCGCUCUUGCGAAGCUCUGGAAGUCAUCCUGAAAUCGCUGCACUUUGAUUUCAUCAAUCUGCAGGCAGUCCAACUGGAAGAAAAUGGAGCGUCGUCCUUGCUGGAUAUGAUUUUGUACUAUGAAUCUACAACCCAUCUUGACAUUUCUGACAACAGCAGUAUAGGAACAUCGGGUUGGAGGGCCCUCGCUCAUUUGAUAAAGCAGAGUGUGUGUCUGUCCAGGCUGGAUGUGUGUAAUGUGUCCAUGGCUGACUAUCCAGCCCAGGCUCUAUCUAAAGCUCUGCUGACCAGCCGGCUGGCCGUCCUGCACCUUCACAAUGCCCAGCUCAGCGGUACGCCGCUAUACACACUGGUUGGCGCAUUAAAGUCAAACCAAGCCUUGCAAGAGCUCCACCUUACCAACAACCUGCUGAACAGCUACCAGGACGCCAUGCAGCUGGGAGAUAUGCUGCGCUACAACAACACUCUGCAAACACUGGAGCUUAGCAGCAAUGCCAUCGCAGAUGCUGGUUUGGAGGAGCUGUGCGACGGUCUGAGGUGGCAGACAGCGGGCUUGAAGGUCUUACUGCUGAAGAACAACCAGAUCACUGCCAACGGCAUGGUCCAUCUCGCCAAGACUCUGCCGGCGCUGAGGGUCCUGGAGGUUUUGGAUUUGGGUGAGAACGUUCUGGGGAACGAGGGGAUCCAAUCCAUCCGGGAGCCCCUGAUGCUGAACCGGUCAGUGCUGCGGCUUGGCCUGGCCCGCACCAGUAUCACCUGUGAAGGUGUUGUGGCGCUGGCCGAGUUCCUCGCGGAGAGCCGUCAGAUCCGCCAGCUGGAUGUCCGUCAGAACGAGGUGAAGGUCGGCGGCCUGAUGGCUUUGUGUCUGGCGUUGAGGAUCAAUCGGUCGCUGGCCAGUCUGGAUCUGGACCAGACAUCCCAUCAUGAAGAGUCGGACGAGGGGAGCCUGUUCGUCCUGUUUACCUGUUUGAUGCUUAAAUAUUUGGCUUUGGAUUUGGCCAACGUGAACGUCCUGUCAGCUGUUCUCCAGCAGAGGAGCCGAGCGAUAACGGCGGAGAGUGUCCUCUCUUGA